UUGCUACGAACAUCACCCUGGACACCUGACACGGCAGAAAAAAACUUGAAAAGUUUUGUUAUCAGUUCUCGACAAAAACGGAUACGAUAAGCUAAACGCGCGCGUAAAAAUCUAUUACCUCAUUACACAUUGUACAGAGAAUGAUGGAUAUAUUAGAUAAGAACACACACAUAUCUAUACAAUUUUUAUAUAUGUUUUCAGGGAGGAGAAUAUCGUCUUGCUUCCAACAACAAAUUUGCCCAUGUUAUUGUUGCUGGAGAAGGAGCUGCUGGAAAUAAUGCUAAAGCUGUCGCUGCUCAAGCUGUCCUUUUGGCUGCUCUUGGAAAUUCAUCCCCAGUCAAGUGAGUUCUUUUUCAAAUCCUUGAACCUCGAAUAAAAUAUUUUUGCUUGCAGAUUUUCAACUCAACCAAACGGAACAAUCGCCAAAGCUGUUGGAAGUGAUGUGACUGUCAACGCUUUCCAAGCUGUUCAUUCAGAUUCAGGACUUGCUGGAAUUUACAUUGUCUCUGAAGCUAACAAAGUUGCUGCCACAGUUUCAUCAGUUGUUGGAGCGUUGAAAUCAUUCAAGGUUGCUGAUAUUGAAGGUACUCUUCUAUCAAAAAAAAUACAAAACAAAUAUAUAUAUAAAGAAUAUUUUUCCAGCUGUCAAGAAACAAGCACUUAACAAUGCUUUGAGAGCCAAGGCUCAUUCAGAUGUUUAUUCAGUUGAAAGAGCCGCUCAACUUCUCACCUCAUCAGACAAUUAUAUCAGUCAAAUCGCCAAUGUUUCUACUGCUGAUGUUGAAGCUGCCGCCCAACGACUUGUGAAAAAAUUGUCGAUUUCAAGUUACGGAAAUAUUAGCCAAGUUCCAUAUGUUGAUUCGUUGUAA